ACGCUGGCCUUUAACCACCGGCUCAGAUAUAAACAGACUAGAGACAACAAGAACCAAACAAACAUCGGCUUACGGCAUUGACUUUUAGGCACCAUGGCAAACGUGGAGGUAUCAUCAAGCAAUCUGGAGCGCCAUGUUGCACGGAGGACCUUUCCUCUUCUCGCCCGCACAAAGGUCUGCCGUAACCUUUUCGGACCCGUGGAUCACGAGGAGCUGCAGGGUGAAAUGAAACGCAAACUCCAGGAGAUCUCCGAGCGAGACCAGAGCCGGUGGAAUUUUAACUUUGAGACCAACUCGCCCUUGCCUGGAGAUUACGAGUGGGAGGCGAUUUCGGAGGACACUAUGCCGUUUUUCUACAAGGAUACAGUGCAAAAUAAGAGAGCGCGCGCCGCGGCGUCUGUUAACGCGACCGGAGACGCGUCCGCCGCCGCCGACUCGCACGGGCUUCCCAGGGCUCCGCCGGUUCAAGAGUCCGAGGACGUCCCGGGACGAGCCGACGAAAUCAACCAGGAGAACUUCUCCGGCGCUAUGAACUCGCGACCGGCUCGUGCUUCGGGGCUCAGAAACAGGCGAAAGAGGUCGCUCGUCCCGGAGACCCCCAGAAACAGCACGCCGCAGAUCACAGACUUCUUCCCGAAGAGGAAGAGGAGCCUGGAGUCCAAGCAGGAUGAACGUAGCUCGCUCCAAGCCGGCGCGUCCACGGGCGUCGAAGUAACGCCGCGCAAAACAAUAAGAUGAUGAUGUUUGCACUCCAAGCAGCAGUCCACCUGUGUUUAUCUGCAGAGCGGAUGAAGAAAACAAGUGGACAAGACUUUUACUCUCGACUCAUGUAGCAAUAAUGGCUCCGCCAACAGAGACUUUGUUGCAGUGUUACAAUGUCUAAACGGUGCAAUUUUAUAUUUCUUUUGUUUUAACUGUUGUAGGGGGCUAGGCCACACCGCUCCGAAUAGACCGGAGCGGCGCCUGUUUGUUUUAUUAUUUUUUUAAAUAUACUAACUUAUUUUAUUUAUGUUCCUAAUAGUCGGUUCCUCUUUAUUAUUUACAGCUAUUGUUAUUGUUUUUUUAUGAUUUCGGCCAUAUUUUAUGCUGUGUUUUAUUUAAGUUUUCGUUCGCAACAACAUGCAAGAGUGUUCCUGAGCCGUGUUUGUCGAAAUAUAUUCCGUAGCUCGCGCUGUACCUUUGAAUCAAAGUGUAAAUUAAAUUAUAUUUUUGAUAACC